AAAUCACAGAGACUUCCCCCGCCGCCGCCAUGGGCGGCGACUACAGCCCCCUUUGGAAUGCCGUUUGCUACUCAUCUAAUCCCCAUCAUAUAAAAUCCCCAAAAACCCAAAAAACGAAAAGGAUAAACAAAACCCACAAACAAAAAAAGUCCAUUGACUUUUCCCAAAUCCAAGAAAAAUGUUCCAUCCUCGACCACUGGUACUCUCGCUUCUGGUACUCGGGUCAGCCCUGGUCUGGCCGGUGAAACCGCACGAAGAGUCCGGCGAGUGGAGCUGCGAGUCGGACCCGGAGGCCCGGGUCACGGCCCAGUACAGGCCGGGGGUCGUGACCCUCGACGGCCACGCCAAUGACUGGAAGGACGUUAAUGGGUUUGAGUUCCCUCUCCUCCCUGCUCUUGACCCAGAUGCAGAAAACGCCUAUACCGGUGGGAAGAUGACUGUCAAGGCUUUGCACGAUGGAAAGGAUAUGUACUUCAUGGUGCAAGUUAAAGGGGACUAUGUGUAUUCAAAAGGGAAUGGCAACAAAUGCCCAUCUGUUGCUCUGAUGUUUCAAGUUGGUGAUAGUGCCUCGUAUCAUAAUAUGGGUGGGUGUAAAGAAUCUCCAGGUACAUGCACCAGCAAGAGUUGCCAUGGCUAUGAAGUUGACAUUAUGCAUUUCUCAAUUGGAAAUGCUGUCCCAGGCCGGCUGUACGGUGGCAAUAUGCUAGAUAAUGCAGAGGGGUAUGGAGGUGAUAGGUAUGGUCAUCUGGUUGAUGUGUACGCUUGGAAUCCACAUUGUAGAAACCUUGAUGGAGUGAGCCCUUCAGGAAAUGAUUCUAGCGCACAGAAUGACUGGAAGGGUGCAUGGUGGCAUGAUAGUUUUACUACACAUUCAGGUUUUGUAGAAGGCGACAGUCCUUAUGCAACAUCUGGUCAAAAGGGCACAUACUAUUUUGAAUUUUCAAGGUCUUUGAGAACUAUGGAUCACCUUCAACAGGAUGUUCAAUUCUCCAUUGGUCAAUCCAGCAAGUUUUCAGUUGCAUUUUGGUAUCCGGUUGAUGGGAAUCCAUGGCAUGGAUCAGGGCACUAUACUGUCGGCUGUGAUUGGGUGCUGUUAGAUAUCUCUUCUGGCAGUUCUGCUCUUUUGAAAACGUCUUCAGGGAACUCAUGGGAUGCUGCCAGUGCCUUUGCUCUUCUCUUGUCUGUAGUUUCCUUGUGUUUGUCAGCGUUUGUUGUAUACCAGGCUAUUAGAUCCAGACCUAACAACUAUCGCUCCAUCAAUGAUAGUUUGGGCAUGUCUACCGUAGACCAGGAGAUGCAGUAGUUAAGAGAGCAGAUAUGAUAGCUUUGGGUAGCAAUGCUACGGGGAGGGGUAGACCUAAAUUGACAUUAGAUGCUGUUGUACACAACGAUAUGAGUAUAGUCGGUUUGUGUGAACAAAUGGCUCUUGACAGAGCUCAAUGGAGGAAAAUGAUUCAUGUAGCCGACCCCAAGUGAUUGGGACUUAAGACUCGGUUUGGUUUGGUUAUGUUUUUUGUUUGGUCAGAUGAGAUUACCUCAUUUUUGUAUGAUUUUGUGUUGGGAUAAAUGUUCUUAUUUUUUUUUUGUUGGAAUGGGAAAUAGGGCCUUUCGCCUUUGACCCAUAGAUCAUCUGUAAUAAGUUCCCAACAGAUUUUCCUCUUUCUUUGAAAUCAAGUUAUUUAUUUUGUA